AUGCUCAUUACAAAAUACUUUCCAAUUCGUUUCUAUUUAAGUAAUGCCCGCAAGAUAGUUUGUACUGAGAUGGAGAUGAUUAGCAGGCGGAAGUUUGAACUCGUACAUGUUAAACAUGCCUGCCAUGAGAACGACAAUGUGUUAGGGUCUUUUGUAGCAUUAUUGGUCAAGAACAAGCACUUAUGCUCUAUUGAUUAUAAUAUAUACGAAAUUGGAACUAGCUUGCUGCUAGUAAUAUGUCUCUGUGAGAUUCGAACUCACGCUCUUCCAACCAAGGUUGGAAAAACACCUGUCAAGCCAACUAAAAAUUUAACUAUAGACCGAGACGGGGGGAAGAAAUCGAAAGACAAGGGCGAACUUCACUUUUUUAGGCAACGAAGACCGUAUAAAGUUUGGAGACCCCGCCUUUUUCGUUUGGGAUGA